AUGUUGAGCAGUCGUUUGGAUUCUACAACACGAAGAGAUUGGGAGGAAUACUCGUCUACUCUCCAGAACGUUACAUUCAAGCAACUAACCGCCUUCAUUCAGAGAAGAGUCAACGUACUGCAGAGUAUCAACCACAAGGUUCAGGAGUUCACUAUGUCAUCGUCAGCAAAGAAACCCAUCGCCGCACGUCCGAUUGCAAGUCAUGGAGCAUCUCAAUAUAAUCCCAGAAAAUGCAUUUUAUGUUCCGAGCAUCAUCCACUGUACAUGUGUUCGACAUUUUCGAAAAUGAGCAUAGAAGACAAGGAGAAGGAAAUUCGUCGUCACCAACUCUGUAGAAACUGUUUGCGUAGAGGUCACCUGAGCAGAGAAUGUCCGUCCAACAACACCUGUCGUCGUUGCAAAGCCCGCCAUCAUACUCAAUUGUGCGAUAAGGAAUCGUCAAAUUCAACUCUGAGGGCGUGUGAGGUCCCACCGACCAGAACAACUACUUCUCAAGCUUCAAAUGAGCAACCUUCAACUUCCGCUUCCGCAACGUACAGUCAACCGGCAAGCUAUUCCUCUACGGGACGCAAGCACGUGCGCGUCAUUUUGGCCACAGCACUUGUUCAUGUGAUUGACGACAAUGGUACCUCUCACGUUGCUAGAGCUCUUCUGGAUUCUGGAAGCGAAUGCUGUUUCGCCUCGGAGUCAUUUUCUCAACGUCUAAAGGUGCAACGCAAGAAGGUGUCCAUCCUGAUCGCUGGUAUCGGCCAAUCGACAACGCAAGCCAAGCACAAAUUCUCGUCUACCAUACGGUCUCGAAUCAGUAGCUACUCCACCUCUGCCGAAUUUCUUGUGCUUUCCAAAGUAACGGCCAAUCUACCAUCUACUACAUUGGACAUUUCAUCUUGGGAAAUACCGCCUGAAGUUCAAUUAGCUGAUCCGUCAUUCCGCACCAGUAACACAAUCGAUAUUGUGAUUGAAGGUAGAUACAUUGUACGUUUACCACUGAAGGAUGACGUCAUCAUAAAUCUCGGCGAAAACCGACGCACCGCUGUCCGUCGCUUCCAUUUAGUUGAAUCACGUCUGCUGCGAGAUCAUCGUUUGGGGCAACAAUACAGAGAUUUCAUGAAGGAGUACUACGAGUUAGGGCAUAUGAAACGUGUUGAACAUAAUGAGAAUUCGAUUUGCCCCACUUAUUAUCUUCCACACCACGCCGUUGUUCGCGAGGAUAGCACCACGACAAAGGUACGUGUCGUCUACGAUGCAUCAUGCAAAACAAGCAGCGGGUUGGGCCAAUCGUACAAGACGAUUUAA